AACACUCGAAUGAUCAGGGUUUUCUAGCUCUUUUCCUUCUCCGACAAAAAAAUACGACGGUAUCAGAGCCUCUCUAGGGCUCCCUCUUCUCUCCGACGUCAUACGACGACGACCGGUGAUCAACUUCUGGCCACCGGCGAACGACUAUUGCUCUCGAAAUCAACUGGUUGAAGACACCAUGGACGAGACAGAUAACUCAGAGGGAUUCAAUCAGAGACUAAUCCAAGAAGCUCCCCAGUUAGGUGCAUUAUUGAAAGAAAUGAAGGAUGGACUAGACGCAGUGAGAAGUAAAGUGCAAGCCAUAACUGCAAAGGUGAAAGCAAACCAUUAUCCAACUGCUGAUGGGAUAAGUUACCUUGAGGCCAAACAUUUGCUGCUUCUAAACUAUUGCCAGUCAAUUGUCUAUUAUUUGCUUCGCAAGGCAAAAGGAUUAUCAAUCGAGGGACACCCCGUUGUUCAGAGCCUUGUGGAGAUAAGAUUAUUUUUGGAGAAGGUUCGUCCAAUUGACAAAAAGCUGCAAUACCAAAUUCAGAAGCUCACAAGGGUUUCAAGUAGUGUAGUCGAUAAAGGAGGACUGAGUGAGAAGGAGGAGGAUGCAACUGCAACUCAGAAGGAAGAGGAUCUGUUGAAACACCGCCCAAACCCAGACAUGCUUGUGAAUAUAGCUCCUGAGGAUGGUGUCCAUCUGUAUCGACCUCCGAAAUUCGCCCCAACUUCUAUGGAGGAAGAGAAGAUCUCUAAACAGGAAAGAAAUGCACUGAGGAAAGAGAGACGAGAUGCGCGACAAGCCAGCCAGAGUGGAUAUGUGAAAGAAUUGAUGGACGAUCUUGAGGGAAGACCCGAAGAGGUGAGAGAAGUUGUUGGAAAUGAAAGUAGGGAAGUUACCAGAUAUAUGGCCAAGAUGGACGAGCGGGCCAGGCAAGAAGAGGAGCUUUUUACCCGUGCUCCUCUCACCAAGGUGGAGAAGCUGAAAAUGAAACACGUGAAAAAGUCGGGAAAUGGGUUGGAUGGUCUCACAGACAGCUUUUAUGAUGAAAUUAAAAGUUUACCCUUGGUGGACAAUGCUAGUGAGCAAAUGACAAGCUUUGGUAAUCACAGUGGUGGAGAGAGAAGACAAAGGAAGUGGAAGAGGAGGCACUAAGGACAAAAAGCUCAGACUCCGUUUUUAUUGCUGUUGGAAAAUAUGCAAUACCGCCUUUUGAGUUGUUUGCUAGAGGAACUAGAAGCUUAUAUUGGUGCGUGAAAUGUAGGUUUCUAACAUGAUUCGCAUGUCAUGUUUCUGCUGGCUCUGGGACCUCAUUUGUCAGACAAAUUUUGUUCAAUGUUAAAGAGGACUUGGUAAUCUGAGUAACUUGCGUCAAAAUUUUAUGGGAGCAUGCCAAAUUUCGAUGUGCUUUC